AUGCAGUCUCAAUCCAGCAUACGAAACUUUACUAGAGCCACCCAGCGACUGGCUUCUAACUCUUUUUUUAAUUCCUCUGUUUCUCAAAGCUCACAAGGUCGUCUUGCUUUGUUAGCCCCACACAUCACCACCAGAGGAAAGCGCACCAAAACCAAUGCUGCCCAAACUGCCAACAUCCAGCGUCUCGUCACCCAGCUGAGUGUUUUCAGUGCUAGAAAGAAGCAGCCUCGUCAGAUCAAGUUGUGUCUUGAAGACAAGUUACGCCACAAUGUUGCCACUCGUGCCUGGGCCAUCUUCCAGGCUGAAAAGCGCGAGACCCACAAGGCCCAACUCACUGGUCAGUAUGAGAAGAUUGUUGAGGCCUGUGAAGAUCUUGAGGCUUCCGAUCCUUUUCUUGCUCACCACGCCAUUAUGAGAGAACGUGGAAAGAGAUUUUCACCUGAAUUCAGAGUCCCUACUGAGACUCCCCCAAACACCAUCUGGCAGGAAAACUGGCAGCCUGCUCCUGAGACUGAUGGCAAGAAUGAAAAGAAAUAA